AUGUCUGAUUUCAAUGCAACCGACUUCACCAACCCAUCCACCUUCAUCCUGCUGGGCAUUCCUGGCCUGGACGCGACCCAUGUCUGGAUCUCUGUCCUUUUCUGUAUCAUGUACACCAUAGCCCUCUUGGGGAACUUCAACAUCCUCUUCAUUGUGAAGACAGAACUGAGCCUCCAUGGGCCCAUGUACUAUUUCCUCUGCAUGCUGGCCAUCACCGAUCUAUUCCUGACUACAUCCACUCUGCCGAAAACACUGAGCAUCUUCUGGUUCAACUCCAGGGAGAUCGAAUUCAGUGCCUGCCUCACCCAGAUGUACUUCUUUCACUGCUUCUCGGUGAUGGAAUCUGGGAUCCUUGUGGCGAUGGCUUUUGAUCGCUACGUGGCCAUCUGCAAUCCCCUGAGACAUUCCACCAUCCUGACAAACCCCAUGGUGGCCACGAUUGGACUGGCCGUGGUGCUCAUAAUCAUACUGACAACUCCCUUCCUGGCGAGGCGGUGGCCAUAUUGCAGAACUAACAUGAUAUCCCACACAUACUGUGAUGGCAUGGCUGUGGUGAAGCUGGCCUGCGCCAACAUCCGCAUCAAUAGUUACUACAGUCUCUCUGUGGCAAUCUUGGUGACUGGUUUGGAUGUAUUUUUUAUCACUCUCUCCUAUACUCAGAUCCUCAGGGCCAACUUCAGCCUCCCCACAAAGGACAUCAAGCUCAAGACUUUUAAAACCUGCGGCUCCCACCUCUGUGUCUUCUUAGCCUUUUGCAUCCCAGCUCUCUUCUCUACCCUCUCACAUUGGUUUGGCCAGAAUGUGCCCCUGCAUUUCCAUGUUCUCAUGGCCAACAUUUACCUGCUGGUGCCCCCCAUGUUAAACCCCAUCAUCUACGGGGUUGGGACCAAACAUAUUCGGGACAGGCUGCUCCAGGUCUUUACUUGUAAAGGGACCUAA